AUGGCGUCCACAGUCUUUCAAGGCCUACCCGUCAUUCCUGAUGAGCCCUACACCACCACCUCGCCACGCAAGAUUGCUCAAGUCAUCCACGCCGCUGAAGUUGAAGAAGGAGCCGGUAUGCGCGUGCGCCGCUCCAUCGGAACCCCGCGCCUGCGAAACUUCACUCCAUUUCUCAUACUUGAUCACUUCGACAGCAGUUUCGGCGGGGCCGCAGAGGCUGGGGCACCGGACCAUCCGCAUCGCGGCCAAGAGACGAUAACAUACAUCCUGCAAGGCGGCGUCGACCACGAAGACUUCGCCGGCAACCGCGGCACCCUCGACGCCGGAGACUUGCAAUUCAUGACCGCGGGCCGCGGCAUCAUGCACUCCGAGAUGCCUCGCGCCGACCAGUACGGCAAGCCCAACAUCGGGUUACAGUUGUGGGUCGAUCUGCCUAAAGAGCUCAAGUACUGUGAGCCGCGGUAUCGCGACCUCAGGGCCGAGGAGGUGCCGGUUGCUACUGCUGAUGAGGGGAACGUGCAGGUCAAAGUGAUCAGUGGACAGGCGUUCGGCGUGCAGAGCGCGAGGGAGUUGAGUUACACGCCGGUGUGGUAUCUGCAUUUCACCAUUCAGCCGGGCGGAAGGACCCAACUCCCUCUACCACAGGGAUGGAACGCCUUCUCCUACAUCCUAAACGGCGAGGUUGUAGUAACCGACGGCGAACAACUGCGGUCUUUUCAACGGUUCAGCAACGUGGUUUUCCAGAAGGACGGUGACAGUGUUGACAUUGCGGUGGCCCAGGAUGCCAAGCAGACUGCGGAAUUCAUCGUUGUUGCGGGCUUACCGCUGGAUCAGCCUGUGGUGCAGUAUGGGCCGUUUGUUGCGUUGAGUAGCGAGGAGGUUAUGCAGGCGGUUCUUGAUUUUCAGACAGGGCAGAAUGGGUUCGAGAGGGCUGUAAAUUGGGUUAGUGAGAACUCGCGGUCGAGACGGAAUUCUGUGGGUUAA